UAGUCAGCUGUUAGAAACAGUGGGAGGAGCUGGAUGUGGUUCUGCUGGAUGACUCACUCUUCUGUCAAACAGAGACGCACUCAUUCAGUCUUUCGGUGUCGGUUGUGGGUGCAGAGGUGGAGCGCGCUGCCUAUCAGAAGAGGCUCCCCUAAUCAAAGUGUUCUCCACUGGAGGGCGAGUGCUACAAGACCACCGGGACGCUCCGGCAGGCUGGAGAGACGGGAUAGAGCUGGAGAGACGGGAUAGAGCUGCAGCUGGAGGACACACUGGCAGACAGGCACAGACAGAGGGAGAGCGAAAUCCCCUGCAGGACUCUGCCACGCAACAUCCCUGUCCGCCGACGGAUUAAAACCCAGUGUCUACCGCCGAAAUCACGCUGAGACAUGAACCUCUCCCGCUGAAGAAUAUUAAUGCUGAACUGAGUGGACUGGUGCUCUCUUCCAGUGUUUCCCCUCCCCUCACUGUUCUGUCCCACUGCCUGUCACCCGGUUCUGUCCCAUUAAGAAAAGCGUUGCAAGCAUCAGAAAGUGUUAAAACAAGAAACUUGGCCGACAUCUAACCCUACGUUUGUGAGCAGCCAUGACAAAGUCCUAUGAAUUCAACUGGCAGAAGCACCUGCCUGAGUUCAUGCAAGAAGGUGCCUCCUUCGACAGGUUUGAUGAGGACCCAUACCUCUUUGAGCCCAACUGUCAGAUGAAGGUGGAUGAAUAUGGCUUCUUUAUCACAUGGAAGAGUGAGGGAAAGGAGGGGCAGGUUCUCGAGUGUUCUCUUAUCAACAGUAUCCGUGUCGGUGCCGUCCCAAAGGACCCAAAGAUCCUGUCCUCAUUCGAGGCCAUAGGAAAGACAGAAGCCGACCUGGAGGGAUGCAUCAUCUGCAUCUGCAGCGGCACUGACCUGGUCAACCUGAGCUUCAUGUUCAUGGUGGCAGAGAGCCCCGACACAGCCAGGAAAUGGAUUGAGGGUUUGAGGUCGGUGAUCCACAACUUUAAGGCCAACAACGUGUGUCCAAUGACAUGCCUCAAGAAACAUUGGAUGAGGAUGUGUUUCUUGACCAAUGUCAACGGGAAGAUCCCUGUUAGAGGUAUCACAAGAACCUUUGCGUCAGGGAAGACAGAGAAAGGGAUCUUUCAGGCUCUGAAGGAUCUAGGUCUUCCCAGUGGAAAGAAUGACGAGAUUGAACCCUCAGACUUCACCUUUGACAUUUUCUACGCGCUGACACAGAAGAUCUGCCCCCGCACAGAUAUAGAGGAGCUCUUCAAGAAAAUCAAUGGGAACAAAACAGAUUAUUUAACUGUAGACCAGUUAGUCAGCUUUCUGAAUGAAAACCAACGUGACCCGAGGUUAAAUGAGAUUCUGUUUCCAUUUUACGACCCCAAAAGAGCCACGCAGAUCAUCGAGAAAUAUGAAAGGGACGAAGAGCUGAAGAAAAAAGGCCGCAUGUCGAGUGACGGGUUCUGUCGGUACCUAAUGUCAGACGAAAAUGCUCCAGUGUUCCUGGACAGACUAGAGCUGUACCAAGACAUGGAUCAGCCUUUGGCUCAUUAUUUUAUCAGCUCCUCCCACAACACAUACCUGACAGGAAGACAGUUUGGAGGGAAGUCAUCAGUGGAGAUGUACCGCCAGGUCCUGCUGUCUGGAUGCAGAUGUGUGGAGCUGGACUGCUGGGAUGGCAAAGGAGAGGACCAGGAACCCAUCAUUACUCAUGGCAAGGCCAUGUGUACAGACAUCCUGUUCAAGGAUGUGAUCCAAGCAAUCAAGGAGACGGCGUUUGUCACAUCUGAUUAUCCUGUUAUUUUAUCCUUUGAAAAUCAUUGCAGUAAACUACAGCAGUAUAAGAUGGCCAAGUACUGUGAGGAGCUCUUUGGCGACCUCCUUCUCAGGCAGCCUCUGGAGAACUACCCAAUGGAUCCUGGGCAUCCUUUACCUUCCCCAAAUGACCUGAAGAGAAAAAUCCUAAUAAAGAAUAAGCGAUUAAAACCUGAAGUGGAGCAGAGGCAACUUGAAGCUUUAAAGAAGCACAUGGAGGCCGGUGAGACCAACACUCCUGCUAUCAUUAUGGGAGAAGAGAAUGAGGACGAUGCCGAGAACGGGGAAAAAGAAUCCGAAGAUAAAGAUUUGAAUUCAGAGGCUCCCAGCAUUCUGUCAGAAGUCGCCAGUGACAAAGAGACGAACAAUCUUUCCCAGAGUAACCUGAUCAGCUCUGGAAAAGAGGAAAAGCACAACAACAGCAUCAAAAAGGUGCCUGAUGGUGAGGUCACAGAGAUUUCUGAAGCAACAGACGCCACAGAUAUCUCUGAGGCAUCUGAUCAAGACAACAAGAAGGGCGGAGACGUGGCAGAGGACUCUGAGGAGGCUCUAAUAGCGCAAUAUAAAUACGAGUCAGCCACCACAAAUAUCCACCCGUAUCUCUCAGCCAUGGUCAACUAUGCACAGCCGGUGAAGUUCCAGGGGUUUGAUGUUGCAGAAGAGAGGAAUAUCCACCACAACAUGUCAUCCUUUAAUGAGUCAGUGGGCCUGGGCUAUCUGAAGACCAACGCCAUCGAGUUUGUCAACUACAACAAGCGUCAGAUGAGCCGUAUCUACCCCAAAGGAGGCAGGGUGGACUCCAGUAAUUACAUGCCUCAGAUCUUCUGGAACGCAGGCUGCCAGAUGGUCUCCCUCAACUUCCAGACCCCAGAUCUGGCCAUGCAGCUGAACCAAGGAAAGUUUGAGUACAACGGCUGUUGUGGGUACCUGCUGAAGCCAGACUUCAUGCGUCGGUCAGACAGGACGUUUGACCCGUUCUCUGAGACGCCGGUGGAUGGCGUCAUUGCAGCAACCUGCAGCGUCCAGGUGUUCUCAGGACAGUUUCUGUCUGACAAAAAAAUUGGCACGUACGUUGAAGUCGAUAUGUACGGCUUGCCUACGGAUACAAUCCGGAAAGAGUUCCGCACACGCAUGGUGAUGAACAAUGGACUGAAUCCAGCCUACAACGAAGAGCCCUUUGUUUUCAGAAAGGUAAUCUUGCCAGAUCUGGCGGUGCUGCGCAUCGCAGUGUACGACGACAACAACAAGCUGAUUGGCCAACGCAUCCUGCCUCUGGACGGCCUGCAGGCUGGCUACCGUCACAUCUCCCUGAGGAACGAGGGCAACAACCCUCUGUCGUUGCCGACGGUCUUCUGCCAAAUCAUCCUCAAGACCUACGUGCCCGACGGCUUCGGAGCUAUUGUGGAUGCUCUAUCAGACCCAAAGAAGUUUUUGACCAUAGCGGAGAAGAGAGCCGACCAGAUGAAGGCCCUGGGGAUCGACACGAACGACAUAGCAGAUGUUCCCAACGGAAGCUCAAAGAAUGACAAGAAGGGAAAGGGAAAAGGAGACACAGGGAAGGCCAGUGUGACACAACAAGCCAGCUCAGAUCUGGCCCAGACCUCCAAUUCUAUCCAAAACAACACAAACGAGAACAAGAAGGAUACUGCGCUUGUGCCUAAUGUGAGCAUUGAUGACUUAAAGCAAAUGAAGAGCUACCUAAAGCUGAUUAAAAAGCAGCAGAAGGAGCUCAACUCUUUAAAGAAGAAACACUCAAAGGAUCAAAAUGCAAUGCAGAAAGCCCAUUGCACUCAGGUGGACAAGAUGGUGUCCCUCCAUGAAAAGGAAAAGACUAAUCUGGAGAAACUGCUGGAGAAAGCCAUCAAGAAACGAGGGGAGAACAACUGCCAAGAGCUGAAGAAGGAGACAGAAGAUAAGAUCCAAACUCUCACCACAGAUCAUAAAGCAAAGGUGAAAGACAUCACAGCACAACACACUAAGGAGUGGUCGGAGCUCAUCAGUAGUCACAGCAGCGAAGAGCGCGAGAUGAAGGACAGUCAUGUUACCCAGCAGUGUGAGCACCUCAAGAAGCUCCUUUCUAGUGUCCAGGAUCAGCAGACCCUGCAGCUCAAACUCAUUCAUGAAAGGCAAAGCAAAGAGAUGCGUGCCAACCAGGCCAAGAUGUCCAUGGAAAACAGUAAAGCAAUCAGUCAAGACAAAAGUAUCAAAAACAAGGCAGAGCGAGAGAGGAGAGUGCGGGAGUUAAACAGCAGCAACACCAAGAAGUUUUUGGAUGAGAGGAAGAGGUUGGCUAUGAAACAUCAGAAGGAGAUGGAGCAGCUGGAGAAAAAUCAGAGGGAGCAGUUGGAUAAACUGGAGAAGCACAACGAGCAGCUUUUGAAAUCACACCAUGCAAACAAACAGGUUCAAGGCCAAGGACAUCCAGCAGAUGGUGAAGUUGGAGGAGGAGAUGGACCGCAGACCUGCCACGGUGGUCUGAGCGACUGACCCAGUCACGGGCCCACACACGUACACGGACACACACUGGUACACGCACACACGAAGCGGUGCAGAAACACUCCCCCUGCAGGACAUCCUCUACAUUCUCUCUAAACAGUCUAAUGUUAAUCUAAUCCUGACUCAAACACGUGGAAGCUAUUUUUUUUUUCCUUUGUUCACCCCAGCCACGCCUCGUGUCUUCUGCACUUUUUAUCCUGCCAAUCAACUUUGUACCACUGAGCCAUUGCUGCUUGUCGCUGUGACCACUUCUAUCGGGGGACAGGAAACGUUACUUUGCGGAUCAAGCAACAAAAACAGACACAUCCCUUCCUCCUCCACAGUACGUAGAUCUCAGCGAGUCGUUGACUUCAGUGAGUUUUCUACACGGUAAAAGCUUCAGCUGUUGGUAGACUCAAGCACACACAUGCAUCACGGUUCACACGCAGCAGAUAUCUCUUCCUGUUUUGUUUUAAUUGGCACCCAAUAAACUCACAGUUUCCGUGUGUAAAGAGGGGAGAGGAGUUGUUUGACUUUGUUACUCCAGCACAAGUGAAUAAACUUUGUGAAAUACACUGUACACACACCACCAGUUCUGUCCUGAGCACUUUGUAUAUGAUAGGCUGUUCAAUGUGGGAAAUGUAGCAGUGCACUACUGUAUGUUUCUAUGUCUUUCAGUAAGAAUGUAUCUUAAAAAACCAAACUAUUAAAAGGUAACUCUUAGAGAGAGGACCCCUUCCUCACCAA